AUGAGCGAUCCCGUCGGUCCUGACGAUCUCGUCUAUGUUGCCCAGGCCCACGUGCCUCAGAAAGAACUCCCGACACCUGAGAAAGAUGAAGCUGUUGUUACCGCGACCAGAUAUGAUGAGGAGGGCCGCGAGAUGCCGACAGUCGAGGAGGAGCAGAGCCUGCGUCGUGUGGCGGGCAAGGUGAAGUGGACUGCUUAUACCGUUGCCUUCGUCGAGCUGUGCGAGCGGUUUUCCUACUACGGAACGACUGCCGUCUACACCAACUUCAUCCAACAGCCUCUGCCUGCAGGCUCGGAUACCGGUGCUGGAGGAAGCGGACAAUCCGGCGCAUUGGGUCAAGGUCAACGGACGUCUACCGCGCUGACUACCUUCAACACGUUCUGGUGCUAUGUCAUGCCCAUCCUGGGUGCUUGGAUCGCCGAUGAAUAUUGGGGCCGCAUGAAGACCAUCCAGGUCGCCAUCGGCUUCGCUAUGCUAGGACACAUCAUCAUUAUUAUCUCCUCCAUCCCCGAAGUGAUUACCCAUCCCAACGGUGCUCUGGCUUGUUUCUGUGUCGGUCUGGUCAUUUUCGGUAUCGGCGUGGGUGGGUUCAAGUCCAACAUCUCCCCACUGAUUGCCGAGCAGCACCGCGAGACAAAGCUCUUCAUCCAGACCGUUCCGAAGACUGGAGAGCGGGUCAUUGUCGAUCCAGCGCAGACCAUCACCCGCAUCUUCCUGUACUUCUACUUCAUGAUCAAUGUCGGGGCCCUGAUUGGCUCAGUGGCCAUGGUGUACGCUGAGAAGUACGUGGGUUACUGGCUUGCUUACCUGCUGCCGACUAUCAUGUUUGGAUUCUGUCCGUUAGUCUUGUUCGCGUGCCGCAACAAGUAUCAUGUGACGCCCCCGACAGGGUCUGUCGCAGCCAAGGCAAUCAAGUUGUGGGGACUUGCCCUGAAGGGGCAGUGGAGCUGGAACCCGGUAGUAUUCUUCAAGCGUUGCCGCUCGACCGAGUUCUGGGACAGCGUCAAGCCCAGUCAGAUGGAAAACAGACCUCAGUGGAUGACCUUCGACGACCAGUGGGUGGACGAGGUGCGCCGUGCCGUCAAGGCCUGCGCGGUCUUUGCCUGGUACCCUCUUUACUGGCUUGCGUACGGCCAGAUGACCAACAACCUGACAUCUCAGGCGGCCACGAUGCAGCUGCACGGGGUGCCCAACGACAUCAUUAACAACCUGGACCCGCUGGCCCUGAUCAUUUUCAUCCCGAUCAUGGACCAAUUCGUGUACCCGGGUCUGCGCAAGAUGGGCAUCAACUUCACGCCGAUCAAGCGUAUUUAUGUGGGCUACCUGCUGGCGGCAGCCUCCAUGAUCGCGGCGGCCGUGACACAGUACUACAUCUACAAGCUGAGCCCCUGCGGCGACCACCCGAGCACUUGCGACGAGGCGGCGCCUAUCAACGUUUGGGUGCAGACGGUGCCGUACGUGCUGAUCGCAUUUUCGGAGAUCUUCACCUCGAUCACGGGUUACGAGUAUGCCUACACCAAGGCGCCGAAGAACAUGAAGUCACUAGUUCAAUCGUUGUAUCUGUUCAUGAACGCCAUCUCAUCGGCCAUUCAGCAGGGUCUGACGGCGCUGUCGACGGACCCGUUGUUGAUUUGGAACUAUGGGUUCGUGGCGGUGUUGGCGUUCAUCGGAGGUAACCUGUUCUACCUCAGUAAUUUGAAAUUGGAUAAGGAGGAGGACGACUUGAAUAACCUUGAGGAGUCGCAGUGGCUGGGGAGGCAGAGCACGGAGCAUGAGAAGAGCGUUUAG